AUGGCCUCCAAGAUGGCAUCUGAUGAACACAUCGUCAGUCAGCGGGGAGACUCUACCGCUGAGAUGCUGCGUCGUAUCCAGACUGCCGAGAACGUUCUAAUGCCUAUCCCCCGCGAUGUUUUCGAAAAGCUUUACCUGACCCCCAAAACCCCGAUUGCGGGAAAUCUUCGCCGCACUUUCGGCAACCCGACACCGAUUUGCCUUCUUGGGUUCCUGGUCGCUGCGACACCGUGUGCGAUGAUCACGAUGGGCUGGCGAGGCUCGGGUGGAAAUGGUGGUGCCGUAUUACCUGUCUACAUAUUCUUCGGAGGCCUUGUUCAGAUCUUGGGCGCUAUUGGUGAAUGGAUCAUUGGAAACACAUUUCCAUGCGUGGUCUUUUUCACCUACGGAGCAUUCUGGGUCGUUCAAGGUACCAUGAACAUGCCCUUCUACGCAGUUGGACAGAACUACUCUCCAACUGGAAACUCUCUCGAGGGAAUGCACACGGCCGAGUACCACGCGACCUUGGGGUUUUAUUACAUGACUCUUGCGGCCAUCUCGUUCGUCUAUCUGAUUUGCUCGAUUCGCACAAAUGUUUGUUUUUUUGUGGCAUUGCUGUCCAUAGUCUCCGGGUUCUCUCUAUUGGCUGGGGUCUUUUUUCAGAUUGCGCUAGGACAUAUGGCUGAAGCUGCAAAGCUCCAAAAGGCUGCCGGGGCAUUCAUCCUCGUUCUUUGUAUCCCAGCCUGGUACCUAUUCGCCGCCCAGCUUUUCGAGACUGUUGACUUUCCUAUUGUACUGCCAGUCGGUGAUCUCAGUACGGUUGUGCGUGGGCGACAUCAGAAAGGAGAGCGCGAGGAGUGA